UUUGGCUAAAUCAUAUUUCCGUUCCAGAUGGGAUUUUUCCCGCGCAAAUAGUAUAAGAAAAAAGCCCGCGCGAACACAGACCUUUGCAGACGAUAUUUCUGACGCACGUACGGACACGUUCCAACCGGACCCACUGCAUCAUGAAGUUCCUCGUUGUUGCUCUCGUGCUGGCCGUUCUGGCCAAUGCAGAGGCUGCGCCGAGGUUCAAGUCCAAGAUGGCGGCCCAGCCACGCGUCUCCUGCGACCUUCUGAGCUUCUCCUUCGGAGGAGCCGCCUUCGGGGACUCCGCAUGCGCAGCUCACUGUCUCAUUUUGGGCUACGGUGGUGGAUACUGCAAUGGCCAAAAGGUCUGCACGUGCCGCUCAUGAGCAGCUGAGUCAUUAAAGUGGCCGUCGUCAUGGAGACCGCCUGUCAACAAAAACAACUCCUGAUCCGACAUCUGAAUAAAUCAGUUUUCAAUCAUU